AUGGCCUCCACCCAUGAUGAAAAAGCCCCAGAGGCCAGCUCUCAGCAUCUCGAAGAGCCUGUCGAUGUAUUCCACGCUGUUCGCGGUACUGCGGCCUUGGAAGUAUGCACACGACUAGAGCCAGUGCAGAAACUCAGCAAGCGUAUGAUUCAACUCUAUGCAAUCUGCAGUCUCGCCUUCCUGGGAUCCACGAUGGGCGGCUACGAUGGGUCGUUGAUGGGCAACCUAAUUGUCAUGAAGCCCUUCCAAGAUCAGUUUGGCGCAAAGAUUCUAGGAGUGCAGACCGGCCUCAUCAUGAGUAUGUACUCGAUCGGUUCGGUGUGCGGUCUGCCUUUUAUCGGCCCUCUCACUGAUACCUGGGGUCGUCGCGUGGGUAUUACCAUUGGAUGCGUCUUUAUCAUCAUUGGUACCAUCAUUGAAGGCGUGUCCCAUCACUUGCCUCAGUUUCUCGCCGGACGUUUCUUCCUCGGCUUUGGUGGCAUUAUCUGCAACGUCGCCUGUCCCUCCUACGUCGUCGAGUUCGCCCACCCAGCCUACCGAGGUGUGAUUACUGGAUUCUACAACUGCUGCUACUACCUUGGAGCAAUCUUGGCUGCUGCAGUUCUGCGCGGCUGUGUCCAUUAUACCACCAGCGCGGCCUGGCUCAUUCCCACCUGGCUGCAGAUGCUUUUCCCAUGCAUCCUACUUGUCGGGUGCCUCUGCUUUCCCGAGUCACCGCGUUGGCUGUAUGUUCAUGGGCAGGUAGACAAGUGCCGUGAGACCCUGAUCAAAUAUCACGGCAACGACAACCCAGAGUCUCUCUACGUUAGACUAGAGAUGCACGAGUUCGCCGAGGAGUUGGAGCUCGAUGGUGCAGACAAGCGCUGGUGGGAUUACCGGUCCCUGUUCAAUUCGCGGGCUGCCCUUUAUCGUGCCAUCCUGUGCGCUGUCGCUGUCUCGGCUUUCAGUCAAUUGACUGGCCAGUCUGGCGUGUCAUAUUUCCUGCCUGCUAUGCUUAGCACUUCUGGAAUAAAAGACACUGACACCGUCCUGGACAUCAAUCUGGGCAUUACGUUGGCCUCUAGUGCUGCUGCCUGCUUUGGCGCCAGCCAGAUGGACCGAUUUGGCCGACGCAAGAUGCUGAUCUCCUGUUGCGCGAUUCUGACUCUACUCUGGGCUGGCAUGGUCGGCGGUACAGGCGGAUAUGCUAUGCACAAGAGCCAUCCUGCCGCUGACAUAUCUAUCACGUUUAUUUUCUUGAUUGGCGUUGUUUUCUCCGCUGCCUACACCCCACUACAAGCACUAUACCCCGUCGAGGUCUUAGCAUUUGACCAGCGAGCUAAGGGCAUGGCCCUGCAGAAUUUUGCCGGAAACGCAGCCGGUCUCGUCAACCAGUUUGCUCUUCCAAUUGCCCUCGAUGUCAUUGGUUGGAAGACGUACUUCAUCUACAUGGCCGUGUGCUUCUGUCAGGCUAUUUACUAUUACAUCUUCAUGGUGGAGACCAAAGGGCAUACCCUCGAGGAGCUCAACGAGAUCUUCCAGGCACGGAAUCCUCGGAAAGCUGCUUCGCUGGGAAAGCAGGAGGUGGAUGAGGAGGUUAACAAAGUACAACGCCUGAAGGGGAUGGCUGCACAUGAAGGAUGA